AUGCGGAAAGUUGUGUUUUUCUCUUUCUUAGCUGUAUGUUCAGCGAAGCUGGGCUACAAUUAUGAGCCGAAUUCUAUAGGAUUCGGAUACGAAACUGAUGCAUCGGUUGACAAAUAUAAAAUAUCAGACCAAUAUCAAGACCACGCAGAUUUCCACAAGCAUUUCUAUGCUUUCGAAGCACCCCAUGAUACUGUCGAUGAGGCUGAGCUAACAGAGCACAAAAUAUUGGCGCAAUCAAAAAAAAACUUACAAGUUGUUUUCAUCAAAGCGCCCGAGAACAAAGCCGUCGUAGGCGCCCUCAGCGCUCUAGCCAAACAAACCAGCGAAGAUAAAACUGCCAUUUAUGUGUUGAACAAGCAAACAGACCCCCAUGAAUUGGCAAGUCAAUUGAACGCCGCUCAGACGCAGCAUAAACACAAGCCCCAAGUGCAUUUUGUUAAAUAUAGGACGGAGGAGGAGGCCUUGCAGGCACAACAGCAAAUUCAGGCACAGUACGGAGGAGCAAGAGAUCAAUCUUUGCAGCAGUCUGCUUUGGGCUACCCGCAGACCCAAGAGACUCCCUUACAGGCUUUCUAUCCGGAAAAUCAACCACUAGCACAGCACGGUGACUAUUCUCAAGAGCUCAUAGGUGUGCCUCCAGCACCAGGAUCAAGUUAUCUGCCUGCUAUGACCAACUAUGGCGGUACAUCACAUCCCUACUUUAGUGGUGCAGAUCAAGGCCAUCUCGAUUUGCCUCCACUGCCUCUGCCAGAGCAGCAACUGGCACCCAGUCCUUUUGACUUGGAUGCACGCAGUGCCAAAGUAAGACGCAUUGAUUUCCGAGUCAACGAAAGACACCGCGCAAACAGUCGAAUGGUGUUUCCCACUGAGAUACCAUCUAAAACAUAUCUGCCAGCCAUUUCGAAUAGUUAUUUGCCACCUCAGAAGCGCAGAAGACGCGCCUACCUCUAA